GGAGGCGUGCCAGGCCAUUUCCCCUAUACGCUGUUCAGGAGAGUGGCUACCAGACAUUGCGCUGCAGGCAAUCGCGGAGUCGAGCGGGAAACAAAGGGCAGUGUGAAGUCAUCAGGAUACCUCUGGGUUCGGCGUUGGUCACAACUUAUAUGCACUGUGCUAUGUGAGGAAGGCUACGUCUAGGAAGGAUAGUCUACUGUCUACAUUGACGGGUUGAGCACUGCUCCCCUCAAAACAGCCGUCUCAGUGGCCACACCAGAUGGGAGGUGGCAAAGAGGGAUCCAGAAUAUAAACAGUGUUUUGGAGAUUGAUUUAAAUAAUUAAAUAUAUUAGAAACAGUGACAUAGGCUACAUCGUAUCUUUACACGACGAACGUUUAUUUGGCAGAGUUUUUGACAAACGUAAUACUGAGAUGUCGGAGAAUUUGACACAGGAGGAGCGUCUCCAGGCCAUAGGGGAGAAGAGGAAGAGGCAGGCGGAGAUCGAGAACAAGAGGAGGCAGCUCGAGGAAGACCGCAGACAGCUCCAGCACCUCAAGUCCAAAGGACUGAGAGAGAGGUGGCUGCUGGAUGGAGCGCCCUCUGGUGGUGCAGAGGAAGAUGAGACCCAGCAGCGCUUGCGGGCCGAUGAAAUCAAGACCAAACUUUUGGAGCACUCUGUUGUAAGACUGGAACAGGAACUGGAUGAACUGGAAACGGGUGUGCCCGCUAAAAAACCCACUGGAGAUGCAAAUGGAGACUCGGUGAAAGAGAAUGGUGUUCAGCAACCUAGUCCCAAUGCCACAGGAGAUUCAACUGGCAAAAAGCACAUCAUGGGCAUUGAGGCAAAACUGCAGUGCACUAACCCUGACUCCGCCAUUGAGAACGCCUCGGCGGAGCAUCCCGUCACCAUGGUGUUCAUGGGCUACAAGAAUGUGGAGGAUGAGGCCGAGACAGAGAAAGCCCUGGGGCUGGAUGGAAACACGGUGAAGGCUGAGUUCGUGGUCAUCGAGGACGGAGAGAGCAAAGCUCCCAACGAGGGAGCGAAGGGGCAAGCGCCGCCCAACGGCAGUGCCGCCGAGAAGGAGAAGGGCCAGGAGGAGGCCACGGAGAAGGGAGACAAGACAGAUGAGGAAAAGGAGAAAGAGAAGAAGUCCUGCAAGUGCUGCUCCAUCAUGUGAGCAGACUCACUCACCAAUAUGGACGAUCAGACUCUUAUGGAAAUGAAACAGAACAAACCACAAUGCCACAACAAAACAAAAAAACUCUGCAGUAUACUCUGUAUACUUGUUAUUGGUUUGGUGUCGAUAUGUAUUUUCUUUUUUAUUUUAAGUAAUAUUUUUCUAUUUUUCUGUCGUGACAUUUAUAUACAUAUAUUUUAAUUAUAUAAUCUAAUGAAAGUCAGUAUUAUUGCUUGAAGUCUGGAACAGCAGAAUGUAGGAAAGACCUUCUACCUGAUGUUGAUCUUUCAAACAAAAAGACAACUGCCUUUUUUACAUUCAUUGUGAUGAGACAAUGUGAACUCUCUUUGGUUGUUAUUUUUGGUUAUUUAAACAAAAGAAGGACAAGCUCAUCUCUCUAAAUGAUUAUUUAUCUCUUUCCUGCAUUCUUUAUCAUUACAAUGAAAUUAUUGUUACUGUAAUAAUGUAUCACGCCUACAAUGUUGUUUGUUAAUUUCUGUGUUUGUACUUGUUUUCUCAUUCAUCUCCAGCCACAGUGAGCACUGGUAGAGUUUCUGUCCUAUCACAUAUUAAUUUGCAGUCACCAUAGUGCAAAGUUGUUAUGAAUAUGGAAUAUUGUAUGCCUGUUCACUUUGAGACUGCAUCAUUUGUAUACAGAUAGAGAUGAAGGAUCAUGAAUACCAAUAUAUUCUACACCAUUUACAGCCGGUUCAUACAGCAUAUAAUUUAUACAGCAUAAACAGUCUUUCUGGCAAUAAUGUUUGUCAGAUGAGCAGCAAACAGAUAUGUGCACCAUUCCUUGAAAUCUCCAAAUUGCUGAAAGCUUCACAAGGACAAUUAUUCAUCCAUUUAACCACUUUUAUCCAUAUUAUGUGCAGUGGGUAGACACAUUUUUGUUGUUUAAUGGUGGUAUUGUUGUUGGCCUGACUGCCUUUGAUUAAUACUAUUUGUGUCUCUUCUUUCGUAAAAAUAUUAUAAAUAUAAAUCUAUACAGGAGACUGCACUUACAUUUUUGUUAAGCAUUAGCCUAUUCAACAGAGCUCUCUAAAAAAAAGUGCAGCAAGCUAAAUUACAGGGAUUUUUAUUGGCACCAAUAUUCCAACUUCUCCUCUGUCCACACAAAACAAUAUCAGGGCUAUAAGAUGUCUCUAACAUUCCAGAACAAACACCCAUGGAUGUUCCAAAUGUACAGUCGUGCAGUCACAGUGAUGCUGCUGCUCUGAUUUAGGUUACUUUGUACUUGCGUGAAACACAAUGUCUGUGGAUUUCAAAUAUGUAUGUCAUCAGUAAUAUAGGUGCUUUAUUGGUCUGACCAAUGCCUGUUUUGGUCCAUGUGUUAAAUCAGGAUAAAUAAUAAAUAUGUUUGUUUACAA